CAGGGGGUGGGGAGUGUGUUGCCCUGGUUCAGUAUGGUGGCUCAGCAGCUGAAUCUGUUUUUAGGGGUCUUCAAGAUCCAAGUACCAGAAGUCCCUGUCGUUGCCAUCUUUGGGAAAGACAUCACCCUGAACUGUUCCUUUACCACCAAUGCCACCUUUUCCCUGGGUGACCUCACUGUCAUCUGGCAGCUCACAGAGACUCGGAAGAUGGUGCACAACUAUCCGAUCCAGCAGGACCAGUUGGCAGACACCUUUGCGAACAGGACGGCUCUGUUCACUGAAGAGCUGGAAAAGGGGAAUGCUUCUUUGCUGUUGAGGCGUGUCCGGAUUGAGGACGAGGGCAGCUUCACCUGCUUUGUGAGAAUUAAAAGUCACCAGAGUGCUUCCAUCAUGCUCCGACUGGCUGCUUCUUACUCCAAACCCAACUUGCACUUGGAACCCAACAAGAAUCUCAAGCCUGGCGAUGAGGUGGCCAUUACUUGCCACUCUUCUGGAGGUUACCCCCAGGCUACAGUGCAGUGGCAUGAUGGGAAAGGGAGCAACAUCACUGAGAAUGUCACCACUUCGCAGGUAGCCAAUGAGGAGGGUCUGUUUGACGUCCGCAGUGUGAUCAGGGUGAUACUGGAGCCCAACAGCACGUACAGUUGCAUGGUGAGGAAUGAGCUGCUGAAUGAGGAGACCCAAGCCUUGGCAACCAUUACAGGGCAGCACCUGAAGUUCCCCGUGGUUGCCUUAUGGUUGACGAUAGGCCUCUCGGUGUGUCUGCUGGGGCUGCUGGUCACCCUGGGAUACGUGUGCAGACGGAAGAUCCGGCAAAGCUGCAAAGAGAACGGAGCGGAAGACGAUGAGGAAGAAGAGACGGAAGCAAGGACAGCGAUGAAGCCUUUGGAACAUGCUAACGAUAAAGAAGUGGAAGAGGAAGUACUCGAAUGACAAGAAAGAAAAUCCGAAGCAAGUCAAGAGCCUUUCCACAAGUGCUUUGCCAUUUUGCUGCCUUACUUCACGGUUGUCAUUGUUUAAGCAUAACCCAACUGACCUAAGGCUGGGAUUAACUGAGAUCACAGCUGCAGUUGAGCUAAAUUCUUUGUCCGUCUAGUUGUUUGGCCAAACUGUUUGCUCCAGUUGUCCUGGGAAUUGCUGCAGAUGCCACUAUCUGAAAGCUAAUAUGGUGUCAAAAAUUAAGGAUGUAGCUAAUUAUGUUUUAUACACAUUUAACCAAUCUGCUGUUGUGCUGCAGUCAAUUCAAUGCUUGAGGAACCCAGAUCCUUGUUCAGAAUAUCAAACAGUCUGAAGUGGAAUGAUAUUUUUCAAUGAUAUAUUUCAUCUAUAAGAGUUGAAUUGUUCUAUUUUUGGCUUGUGAUAGUGACAUUAUUCCUGUUAAAUGCCCAUAUAACCAGCUGCUGGCUUUGAAAGAACAUUUGUGCUUUUUUUUUUCCGGUCAUUGUCAUUCCAGUUGUUAAGUAACAGCCUUCUUUGCUGCCACUGUGUUGCAAAAUCUCCUGAAGUCUUCACGUUUCUAUUUCACGCGGUAACUCCGAAGAGCCACGGCACAGGUUUUGCAGAUGUAAUAACGGCGAAACUGCCUGUGUUUGCCCUCAUUUAUCUGCUGUGUAACACAAUACUGGCUGGAGUCCACACAUGCACGGAAUACCAUGGAAUUCCAGAAGUUAAUGUCAGUGAUUCCACCCUUAACUUGAGAGUCCGCUGUUGAGGAUUAACUCUGUCCCCCAGAUAGUAAUCAAUGAAUUGGUGAGAACUUCUAAUGCUGUUAGUCUUACUGUGAAAACCCUUGAUACACCUUGUUGGAUGAGGCAUAACUGGGAAUUUUUACUGCGUACUAACUUCAGAAUCAUUGCCAAACUCCUCAAUGGCCGUACGAAGCGAAGUUGAUAUUUGUGGAAUGUCAAAUUUCUCCAUUACGAAUAAAAAGGAAUUCGCAUUUUUCACAUUUUCUUCUUAAAA